CACCAUGACCGUGCAACGCCCGUCGUGGCCGCCGCUGUACUUCCCGCACUUCCACGGCACCGAGCCCGUGCCGCGGCCGGCCGGCGGCGCCUGGGCCCCGCUGGCCGCGCUGUGCUGGCCGUGGCAGCCGCUGCCGGCCGCGGCCGGCCCACCCCGCUACGCCGCGCUGCCCGCUCCCAUGGUGCCGGAGCCGCCGCGCCUCUGCUGCCCGCCGGGCGCGCCGCGGGCCGGGGAUGUGGCGCGGCGGCCCCCGGAGCUGGCCCAGCUGCAGCUGCAGGAGGAGAUAUGCGAGCUGGGCAUCCGCCUUAAGGAGCUGGAGCUGGCGGCGCUCAUCGGCGACGGCUUCGACGCCAGGCAGUAUAAAAUUCUGAAGGCACUGGAGGAAAAGAAGAUACAAAGCAUGAAAGCAAUGCAGAACCUGAAGUAAUGGCCACCAGCAUACUUAGGAUUAUUUCAGCUGGAUAUUCUGUCACUGUAUCACUAUCGAGUGUUUUAAUGGGUCUUCAAUAUUGGGUUUCUACUCACUGUGUGCUGUUCUACCAAAUUAAAAGUGUAGCAUAUUGUUGA